UCAAACGUUGAGCUAAACGGUUAAACUCAAUCUAAAUGCAGUCUAAAUAAAUCUUGAAAAUUCAAAUAUAAAUAAUAGACGAGUAUUCAUAAAAUAAUUAAAAUUUGGAUUCUACGAAAGAAAGUGUUAUAGUUUUUUUUUUUUGUUUAAUAAACUAAAGAGUUUCACAAUGGUCCAACAACCUUCUUAUUGGAAGGUUUUAACUCGAAGAAAACAAUUGUCUCAAGAGGGUGCCGACGGUGAGAGUAAACUAAAUCGCGUCUUAGGUUUAUAUGAUUUAACCGCCCUGGGUGUUGGAUCAACACUAGGUGCUGGCGUUUAUGUAUUGGCUGGUCAAAUUGCAAAAGAUCAGGCUGGACCUUCGGUAAUGUUAUCAUUUGCCAUUGCGGCAUUGGCUUCGUUGUUGGCUGGUAUAUGUUAUGCGGAAUUUGGUGCCCGUGUCCCCAAAGCCGGCUCAGCAUAUGUCUACAGUUAUGUGUGUAUAGGAGAAUUUGCUGCCUUUGUUAUUGGUUGGAAUCUAAUAUUGGAGUACAUGAUCGGUACGGCAAGUGUUUGUAGAGGUAUAAGUCUGUAUUUUGACACCCUUAUCAAUGACACCUUGAAAACUACUUUUGCUGAAGUUGCACCAAUGAAUGUUUCGUUUUUGGGCAGUUAUUUCGAUUUCUUUGCUUGCGGUCUUGUCGUAGUCUUUGGAAUUGCACUGGCGUUUGGUGUCGAAACAUCGGCAAUCGUAAAUAAUUUCUGUACCUGCCUAAAUUUGUCUAUUUUAUUAUUUGUUAUUAUAGCUGGAUCAGUAAAAGCUAAUUUUUCCAAUUGGACAAUUGAUGUGGAUGCGGUCAAUAAAACUGAAAUACCACCUGAUACAGAUCUGGGUAUGGGAGGGUUUUUCCCUUUUGGCAUUACGGGAACACUGAAGGGCGCUGCCACUUGUUUUUUUGGGUUUGUCGGUUUUGAUUGUAUUGCUACGACUGGCGAGGAAGUGCAAAACCCUCGCAAAAAUAUUCCCCGUUCCAUUUUACUCUCAUUGGUUGUGAUAUUUUUGUGUUAUUUUGGCGUUUCGACAGUUAUAACACUAAUGGUGCCCUACUAUUUACAAGAUGCCAAUGCUCCACUGCCAAGUGCAUUCAGAGUAGUUGGUUGGAAUUUCGCCAUGUGGAUUGUGUCUAUUGGUGGAUUGGUGGGACUGCUUGCCAGCUUAUUUGGUGCUUUGUUUCCUUUGCCAAGAGUAAUGUAUUCUAUGGCUCAAGAUGGUCUGAUGUUUAGAAUUUUUGCUCAAAUUCAUCCCAAAUAUCGAGUGCCGGUUGUUGGUUCAAUUGUUGCCGCCAUGGUAACAGCACUUAUUGCUGGCUUAUUCGAUUUGGCUCAGUUAGUAAAUCUUUUGUCGAUUGGCACCCUGUUGGCCUACAGUGUAGUGGCCAUUUCUAUUACCAUACUACGUUAUAUGGAUAAUGCCGAUACAUUUGGCAAAACACAAACAAAUGGCGAUAUAGACACCAUAAAUGGUGAUAAUGGUCAUAGCAAUCAUCACCCUAAUGACAAUGGUAAUAGUCAUAAUGGUCAUACUGUCUCUGAAAAUUCGCUAUUGACUUCAAAGGGAGAACGUACCACUUUCAAAACAGUGUUUUCGCAACUUUUCAACUUUAAACGAGAAUAUACUCCCAACGAAUUGUCGACUAGAAUUGUUGGCACACUUAUCACUGUAUUUUGUAUUCUGUCGGCCGGCAUUGGUUUAAUAUUUAUGCAAGCCUACGACGCAUUAAUUAAUAAUCAAAUUUGGGUAUUGGUUUUAAUGGCCGUCCUAUGUGUACUGACAGCUUUGGUAUUACUUUGUAUAUGUUUACAGCCGCGGGAAUUGUGUACGCGAGUGUUUACUGUACCCUUGGUACCUUUGGUACCAGCCAUAAGUAUAUUCAUAAAUAUCUAUCUCAUGCUACAAUUAGAUGUUAUGACUUGGAUAAGAUUUGGUGUAUGGAUGGCUAUUGGUAUCCCUAUGUUUGUAGCAUGUUGGUGCAUGUAUGAUAUAAAAAAUCCCGCUAAUAGACAUCCAGAUAGAAUAGAAUUUGAAAGGCUCUUAAAACUUUCAUCUCCACCACAUCCAAGAAAUUCCAAACAAGAAUUUAUGAAAAAUUGCAAUAAAGAUUUGAAUACGUCGACAUCGACUUUGAUAAUGCAACAUAACGAACGUUCGGUCAGAAGUUUAGAUGACAUCAUGGAUCUGAACGAGGUAGAGGAUGGCUUAAAGGAAGUGAAACAUCCAAAUGGAUUAAUUUGUUUUAUCGAAGACAAUAAAAGUCAAAAAUCGCAAACAUCACUGCACAGAAUUGACGAAGACAAAAAAGUGAAUUAUGCGUUUUCAAAUACUGAUACUUCCGAAGAAGAAAAGUCCGUCAUAGCAUUGUUAGACAAUGUACUGGAAACGGAAGAUGACAAUCUUAACAAUUCUCAACUUUUACAAAUUUUUGAUCGGAAAACUAGUGUGGACUCUGAAAUGGAACCGAGUGUUAUCAGAAGCACAACUGUGGCCACAGUACACAGCAGUAGCGAUAGUGACACCAAAAGCUCAACUAAUAGCAUAGAUUCUAGUACUGGAACGUACGAAGAAAAGCAAAAAAUUGCGCAAGAACUCGUCGAUGAAAUCUUAAAUAGCCAAGACCUAUGGUUAGCAUUGGAAAAACACAAACAAAAGUUGUUACAAUCAGAUGCUCUCAAUGAAGUCCGCAAUGCAAUUGAAUUGAAUAACAAUGAUGUUGACGAAAUUAACAUGUCGAAAGAUGAAAAUGGAAUAACUAUGAACAUUUUGAAAAGAGUACAAUCCGUAGAAUCUGUAUUAUCCAUAAACUCGGUAGAAUAUCCUUUACAUUCCGAAAAGUUUCGAAACAAACUAAGCAAAUUAAUAGUUAAACCCCUCGAACCGAAAACUCUAAAAGAAACCUCCAAAUCAGAGGAUUCCGUUCAUGACACUCGCCCUAAACUGAAGCACUCUAAAAGCGAAGCUGAUGUCAGGGCUUUAGUAUUAAAGGCCAUUGAGGACUGUCAUAUCGACAUAGAUGACACAAAUGAGGGCGGGAAUGCUAUCAGACAAGAUAAGCAAUAUAUUCCAAGGCCACCGAAAUUUGAUCCUGUAUUAUAUAAAACUACAAAUGGCUUAAGUAGACCUAAGGAAAGACCCAGUUUAGACAAACUAUUGAAAAAUGAUGAAUUAACUACAAAUGAUAAAACUAUAGCUUUACCAGAAAGAAACGAAUCACAAAAUAAUGAAUUAUCAUUUAAACAAAAACUAGAGGCCAUAUUGAAACGGGGACCCUCACAUAAGACUCAAACCAAGCCGGAUAUUGCAAAAAGAAGACCUAAAUCAGUGGGACCCUUACAAUUAACCGAAGAAGUUCUCUCCAGUGCACAAAUUAAUAAUAAAUCAGAAAAUAAUCUCAACACAACGUCCUCACUGAUAAAGGAAGCUUUAACACCGGUUAAAGAAACCCCCAAUAAAUUAUAGCAUUAUAUAGAAUCACAAUUCUUAGGCUUAAGUAUUUGUAUCUAUACUUAUAUAUGUAUAUAGUAUUUGUACAUUACGGAAGACCGUUUUAUAUGUAAUCGAAAAAGUUGUUUAUGUUACCAAUUAAAAUUAAAGUUUACAUCGUACAAAGAUACCAUUUCACAUCAUCUCAAUUUUUCCUCCACCCAAAUAAAAUUUGUUCAUGCAUAUGUUUUGUAUUUCUUUCAAAUAAAACUGGAACAAAUAUGGAGAAAAACAAGUAGAUUUCUAUUCCUUGAAAACUAACUAAACAUUAACUUUAAUUAACGACAUUGAGAGCUUUUUUGGCUUGACCUUAUAUCACUAUUAGCUAUUAUUAGUAAUCACCAGAUUUGCAUGCUGUAUACUGGUAUUUGUAUCUAGUCUUUAAUACCUU